AUGGACCCAAAAAUUGCCAGCUAUUUUCGAAGUGUCGACCGUGACAAUAGUGGUCAUAUCAACGCAGAGGAAUUACAGGCUGCCUUAUCGAAUGGAAUCGGAACUCCGUUUGAUAUCACCUGCUUAUCGUUAAUGAUAUCUUUUUUUGAUACGGAUAACAAUGGUACUAUUUGUUUAAAAGAAUUUGAGCAACUCUACAAAUAUAUUACUGAAUGGCAAAAUGUAUUCCGUCAACACGAUUGUGAUGGCUCAGGAUCAAUCGAUUUUAAUGAAUUCACCGCAACUCUCAAACAUUUUAGAUAUCACCUUAGCCCACAAUUUGUCCAAUGGUUGAUGUCACGCUUCGACAAACAACGAACGAACAGGUUGGGUUUUGAUAAGUACAUCUACAUCCUGGUUUGUCUUCAGAUCCUUACAAGGAGCUUUAGGGCAUUUGAUACACAGCAAAUUGGUGUUGCUACCAUGAGUUUUGAACAAUUCCUAGGAGCCGCCUUCAACAUGUGCGUCUGA